GACAGCUAAGGAUGCGGUGCUGUUAAACAUUGUAUUUAUCAAUGGGAACAAAUAGAAGUGCCAGAUGAUAACGAUAAUGUAUGUGGAAUUUGUAAAGAAAUGGUGCAACAGGCACGAGAUCAAUUGGAAAGUAAUCAGACUCAACAGGAUUUGAAAGAUGUUUUUGAAGGCAGCUGUAAAUUAAUUCACAUUAAACCCAUUGUCAAGGAAUGCAUGAAUAUUGUGGAUCAAUUUAUUCCUGAACUUGUGGAAACAUUGGCAUCUCAAAUGAAUCCAUCUGUAGUUUGCUCUGUCGCAGGACUCUGCAAUAAUGCUCACAUUGACAAAUUGCUUUCACAAUAUCAAACAUCAACAAAGAAGGAUGAAACAAAAUCAGUUUUAUUGAAGAAUGAUGAACUCGAGCCUGACGAAUGCACUAAAUGCUACACAAUAGCAAAGUAUAUGGAAAACAAAUUACAUCAAACAUCGCAACAAACAAUGUUUUUGCAAUUUUUGAAUAUUUGCGGCAGAUUUGAUUCUUUUUCGGAUUCAUGUUCGGCUAUUAUUAUGACUCAUUUUAAUGCCAUUUAUGAUCAUUUACAAAAUAAUUUCAAUGCAGAUAACAUAUGUCACUUAUCAGGACAGUGCAGUAACAAUUACCAUAAACAUGAAGACACUGCUGAUGCAGUUCCAAAAGUAGAGAUAACACCGCUAUCAAGUGUUGGCAUGGUAGAAGUUGGAGAUGAUCUUCCAUGCAAACUAUGUGAACAACUUGUGGGUCAUUUGAAAGAUCUUUUAGUUGCAAAUACUACAGAGAUAGAAUUUAAACAAGUACUUUUGGGUCUUUGCAAGCAAACGAAAUCUUUUGCUGAUGAGUGUAAAGCUAUAGUUGAUGAAUACUAUCAGCAGAUUUAUGAAUAUCUUACAAAAGGGCUGGAUAGCAAUGUUGUCUGUCAGUUAUCUGGUAUUUGUCCCGGUCCUGGUAAAACAAUACAAGGACCAAUUUGGCCUUUAAUUCCAAAAAAACUGACAAAAGUAGGAUUAAAUAUAAUGAAUAACAAACAAGAUCAAAAAAAAAUUGAAGUGACUAUUGGCAAGGAUCAUCCAAAAUCAGAAGCUGAAGAAAUGCAAUUACCAAUUGAAAGAUUAAUGCCUUUCCCUUUGCUGCAAGAGGAAAGUAUUAAUGGAAAGGAAGCAUGUGCACUGUGUGAAUAUUUGUUACAUUAUAUACAGGAUACUCUUACAAAUCCUACAAAUGAGGAGGAAGUGAAGCAAGUCCUUGGAAAAAUAUGUAAACGGUUACCUUCCAUUGAAGGCACAUGCCAAGAAUUUGUGGAUACUUAUGGAGAUGCAAUUGUGGCCAUUCUUGUUCAGGAAAUUGAUCCAUCACAGGUGUGUCCCAUGAUACGUAUUUGCCCAUCAGAAGUAUUCUUUGAUAAAUUGAAACAAAUUCCUAAAAGUUUCAUUCUUACGGAGGUACAGGAUAAGCCAAGUUGUCCACUCUGUCUGCUUGCAGUGAGGCAAAUUUAUGAAGUUAUCAAAGAUAAUAAAACUCAGGCUAAUAUUGAAGCUGAAUUAGAUAAAUUAUGUAAUCACUUGCCACAUAGCUUGACCGACGAAUGUACAGAUUUUGUGAAGGCAUACAGCAAAGAACUCAUAGAGAUGCUAAUGGCAGACAUGACACCUUCAGAAGUAUGCGUUUAUCUUAAAUUGUGUGACCAGAAUAAAGAUCCUGGUCCAAAGCAUGGUUAUAUUCAAAAGGAUAGAGAAAUAUUAACCAACGAGAUACCUAAUUAUCCAUUACACACAGUUCAGGCAGAGAAUACUUUAAACGACGGAGUAUGCACAAUUUGUGAAUUUGCAAUGCAAUAUGUUGAUAAAGUGAUUGGUAAUAAAAAGACGCGAGAUGAAAUCGAAAGAGCGGUACACGGUGUAUGCAAUCAUUUACCAAAAACAGUUGCCAAGGACUGUAAUCAGUUUGUGGAUGAAUAUGCUGAUGCUUUGAUAAUUAUCUUAUCAGAGGAUGUCAGUCCCAAAGAAGCAUGUACUUUGCUUGGCCUUUGCAAAGUUAGCAUGAUACAAAUUCAAGAAUCUGUAGCAGAAUGUGCCUUAUGUCGAGCGAUCAUAUCACAAAUUGACAAAUUGUUGGGUAAUCCAAAGGUUGAUGCUGAAAUUGAAGAAGUUGUUAAAAAAGUCUGCAAAUAUUUACCUGUGAAUAAAGAAGCUAAGUGCAAAGCAGUGAUAGAAAUUUAUGGACAGAGUAUAAUAAAUAUGAUAAGAGCUCACGUGGAUAGCGAAAAAAUGUGUGAAAAAAUGGCUUUGUGCUCUUCCAAUGAUUAUUUUGCUAUGUCAUUUAAGAAUUCACAUGUGUAUUAUAUAAAGCUGCUUUUGUUAUCAGAACAAUGGCAACAUUAUAAAGGUUUAAAUUACGUGCAACUCAUUUUCUCGCCGAGUUUUGGGCUGCUACUGCACGUUGCCAAGAUGAUGUACACAGGGACAACUGCUUCGCAGGAUACAAGGUUCAGUGACAAGGAGAAGAAGCUUCUUAAGCAAAUGAAAUUUGGAGAUUCAUUAACACAGAAAGUGGAUAUGAGCAAAGUAAAACUUGACGUAAUUAAACCGUGGAUUACAACGAAGAUUACACAGAUUCUGGGAAUGGAAGAUGACGUUGUAAUAGAAUUUGUGAAUAAUCAGCUUGAGGAGAAGAGACCGUUGGUGGGGCUCAACCCUUUUGUCCAAAUGGCAUUCGGAUGUGCUCCUCUCUACAUCCGAUUGGCUGCCUUUCUAUCAGCCGUCAGCCCUAAUGUCAGCUGUGGUGGCAGUUGGUAUGUCAACGUCACCUUAGAACUGCCGCAAAUCUUCAACUUCAGCAGCUACGUCAUCGCCGCAGCUACUACACGUCGUCAACGUCGCAGGACCAUCAGCGAUACUUUCAUCACGUCAGGUUCCUGACUCCUGCUUCUCGCAUCCCUUCCCAGAGCUGCGCGCGACCAGAUGUUACUUCGUGCAGCUACCUCGACCGAGGUAGUUUAUCAUCGUGAGCUACGGGAUUUCGAAAGCCUUGCAGCUUGAGGAUCGUCCAAGGAUCUGCAGUUUCCCGAUGGCGUCAUUCUUCUCCUGGCAUGUCAUUUUGGGACUUUGGAAGCUUCAUCUCGUACCGCGAGCUAUUUCUCCGUUGGAACCGCUGAUGUCGAAGGCCAAAGAGCGAAAUCUGCGCCCACCACGAUUUCGAACAUCGGUUCGCAAAGGACUUCGAUAUUCUUCCGGACAUACUGUCGGUCACAUAUCGGCAUGAUUCAGGCGAAAACAGCGCCCGGUGGUAUCCCUACACAUGACGAAGAACAAGAGAAGCUUCAAGCAUCAUUAGCGGAGAAAGAAAAAGAGAAGGAGCGCGAGAAGGAAAAGGAUGACGCGGAGAGUAAAGUGAAAAAGGACGAGAAGGAUAGCAGCUCAUCGAAGGAGCGUAGAAGAGAUCGAAGCAGAGAUCGUGAUAGAGACAGAAGAGGAAGGAGUAGAUCGCGGGAUCGACACAGAGAUCGCGAUCGUUCGAGUCGUAAAAGAAGAUCCGCUUCAAGAUCACCAAGUAAAAAUUCACUAAAAGACAACGGAAAAGAUAUGCCGGAAGCUAAAAUUGAACGAGAAGACUCGCCGCAACCGGAAAAUGCCAUACCUUUGAUGCCAGUUAAAACCAAGCCGGAAGCGGCGGUAGCAAUAUCAAGAUUGCAAGCCAAAUUGAUGAGCAUUGCUGAUGGAAAGAAAAAGAAUAAUCGCACGCCUUCGCCAGAAUCGUUGGACAAAUCGACAAGGAAAUCACGAUCUGGAUCUAAAUCGCCGGUGAAUCGUUCAAAAAAAUCCAAGUCCAAGUCACCUAGCCGGGAUUCGAAGACGCGUCGAUCACGAUCGCCUGCUUCGAAGUCGAGACGAUCCCGCUCCAAGUCAAGAUCUCGGAGGUCCCGAUCUAAAUCCAGAAGAACCAAAUCGCGCUCGCAGGACCGCAUCAAGUCAAAGCGAAGCAAAUCCAAAUCGCCGAGAUCACGAUCGCGAUCACGAUCUAAGAAAUCGCGAUCCAAGAGUGACGAUAGGAGCAAGUCGAGGAAAUCGAGAUCCGAUUCGAGCGACUCCAAAUCUUCUAAAUCUCGCUCCAAGUCUCCGGAUAAACGAAAGGAUAAUGUAGACUCUAACAGGAAACGCGACGGUACUACGAGCAGUAGUUCAGGAUCCGAGGAAGAAAAAGAUGCGAAAGAUAAAAACGACUUCGAGAUACGGAAAAAGAAGGACGGCGUGCAAGCUAAGAGAUCUUACCGGAAAACCAACAAGGAUGACAGUGGUAGCGACAGCGAUUCUAGUCGAGAGAGAAAAUCGGCUCCUAAAAGAAGAAGUCCUUCGCCACGUAAAGAUAGAGCUCGGUCCAAGGACCGAGACAGAAAUAGAUCGCGGGAUAGAUCGCGAGACAGGUCGCGAGAUAGAUCACGAGACAGAUCACGCGAUAGAUCGCGAGAUAGGAAUCGGAGGAGGUCAUUGGACCGAGAUCGCGACAGAAGACGGGAGCGAGAGCGUGAAAGGGAGAGAGAAAGAGAUAGAUUGGAUCGGUACAGCGGCAGUCGCGGCAUGCGGCCACCUUCUGUGCGCAGACCGCCUAAUAGGCGUAGCAGUCCUCCGCGCAGAAGUCCGACAAGAUAUCGUCGUAGAUCACCGAGUCCCGAAGAUCGACGUCGCAGGAGAUCUUCGUUGGAUCGUCGAAGGCGAUCGUCAGAGCGACGCGACAGACGUCGAUCGCCUGAUCGGCGCGGUAGCCGACGUCAUUCUCCGGACGGACGGGAUCGAUCGAGCAGGUACGAUAGAUCUUCCUCGCGCGACAGAUCAAGUAGGCGGGACCGCUCGAGAGAACGACGGGAUAAGGAUCGUCGGUCUAGAUCCAAAGAUCGUAGAUCGAGAUCUAGGGAUCAGAGGUCAUCGGUGGAUCGUUCGAGAGACGGAAAGCGGUCUCCCGAUCGUUCGAAGGAGAUCAAGGAUAAGGCAAGGGACAGAAAAGUGGAUGAGAAAGCUAAAAGACCACCUGAUACAGGAUCGCGAAAAGAAUUGCGAAAUGGCCGGUCUAAAUCGAGUAGCUCGGAAAGUAGCGAGAGUAGUUCCUCUAGCAAUGAGGACGAGUCACUUAGGAAAUCGAUUGAGCGCAAAACGUCUCUGGAGAAGCGGGAAAGAGAACGCGAACACACGGACGAUUCUAAGAAAAAGGAGAAGGAGAAAACGGUGAAGGAGGAACAAUCUAAGCGACCAGAAAAAGAGAUCAAGAAGAUAGAACCAGUUGCCGUGAAAAAAUCGGAACCCAGUGUUUCUCCUAAGAAACUUCAAACUGCGUCUCUUCCUAUUACCAGACAUAGAUUUUCGAAGAGCUUGUCGCGUACACCCUCGCCGUUUAAGAAGACCGAAGAUAUUGUGGCAGCAACAAUUAAAAUUAAACAAACUAUUAAGGAAGAUGCCAAGGACGAAUCGCCGAAGAUUGGAGAAACAAAUUUCGCCACUGGAGAUGCUUUUCCUUUAAAAAAAGAUGAGAAAUCAUUGAAAACAACGAAAUUGAUAAUAGAAGAUAAAAAGUCUACUCAGAAAUCGUUAGAAUCUUCAUCUAAAAAACCUACAGAAAUAGCCAAAAAAACGAAGAAAGAAAAGCGUGAUGAUUCUACGGACAGUGAAGAUAGCGAUGGCGAAAGCAAGAGAAAAUCGAAGAAGCCAGAAAAAUCGAAGAGAUCGAGGAAAGCAUCAUCAGAUGAAGAUAAAUCUGAUAAAAGCAAGGCUGGAUCUAGUUCAGAUUCUGAAGAUGAUAAAAAGCAUUCAGAUAAAAAUAAAAAAACUAGAGAUACUAAUCGAACCGAGUCAACAGAUGAUCGCAGCAAAGAUAGAAAGGAUAGCAGAAAACGCGAAAUUGCUGAAAAUGAUUCACGAAAACGUUCAAGAAAGGAGAUAGAGGAAGAAUUGAAAAAAUCAAAAAGAUCGCGGAGAGAUUCUUCUUCGGGUGAAGAAGAACAGAAAUCUAAAAGAGGCAGAAACGAGGAUGAUAGAUCGAGAUCUCGAAAAUCGAAGAAAGAUUCGAGUUCUGAUGAAGAGCCUAAGAAAAUAAAAAAAAGAAGAGACACUUCGUCAGAUGAAGAAAAAUCUAGAUCACGAAAAUCCAGAAAAGAUUCGACAAGUGAAGAUGAAUCUAAAUCAAAAUCAAAGAAAUCCAAACGAGAUUCCAGCUCAGAAGACGACGAUCUCGGAGAUAAAGACGUGAAGAAGAAAAGGAAAAUUGACGAUAGCUCAGACGAUGAAAAAGUGAAGAAGAAGCGUAAGAAGAAGACAAAAACCAGCACCAGUGAAUCGGAGGAAAGUGAAAUAGAAGAGAAAAAGAAAAAGAAGGAAAAGAAGCACAAGAAACACAAGAAGCAUAAGAAACAUAGAAAGCAUAAGAAGAAGAAGGUAGCGGAAUCAGAUGAGUCUGAUGUAAGUGAAGGUAAUACGGAGGAACUGGAAAAGAAACUUCGGGAAAAAGCUCUAAAAAGUAUGAAAAAAGGGCAUAGUAUUGAACGAAGUGAUUGAGAAUAACAUUUGAUGAUGUGUCAUGAAUAAUAUCUCUGUAUCGCAUAGCAAUUUCUAAUUUUAUUACAAAUAUGAUAACUUUUGUUUCAUAACAAUACGUACAAUUGGAUUAUUAUUUUCUGUAUUAUACAAUAUAUAUAUAAAUAAUCACGCUCAAUCCCUUCGGAACAUGAUCAAAUAAUAUUGGCGAAGAGAUUGUGAAAUAAUUUUCAUAUAAUUACAUUGAGGAAAAAUAUGAUUAAAAUUUUCUAGUUUUUACACUCCAUUCAAAUUUAUAAAGAUUAUCAUUUUCUUGUAAUAGUAAAGUGUACUUACUCGUGCUGAUACAGAUACUCUUUUAGACUAAUAUAAAGAUUUUUUUUUAAUUUGACCUGAAUAUCAGUUACACAUUUCUUCAGACUUCAGUUCCUAAGUACAUUAAAAAAAAUAGGGCUUGUAUACAGCGAUUAAUUUGUGUUUAUUUGUAUAAAGUUUAGUUCUUUAAUGCAAUGUUUAGAGAAUACAAUAAAUAGUAUACGAAUAAUAUUACAGAACACAAGUCACACAAGAACUAUCAAAAACCCUUUGCAGAAACCUCAGAAUAUACCCUCGAAUGAUACAGUCAUUUCUAUUUUACAGUGACUCCUAAUUUCUUCUAGACAUCAGAAUCGCCAUACCGACUUUACCGAAUGUGUAAUGUAAUUUAUUUAAUAACUUACAUAAUUGUUUAGUACACGGGAAAAGAAAAUAUAGAAGUACUCACAAAAUCUGAA